AUGCUGCGAGACCGGAGGAUCGCGAUUCUUGCACUGCAAGAGACGCACCUCGAUGAUGAAAGGGCACGAUCCCUGAACACCAUUUUUGAACGAAACAUGACCAUCCUGCAUUCGCCGGACCCCGACAACGCCACGGGCGGACGCGGCGUUGCCUUCGCGAUAAACAAGCGUAUACUAAAGGAGAGCAACCCCACGAUUCGAUGUGUUGUCCCGGGUAGAGCGAUCCUACUCAAGCUCAAGUGGUCGGAUGACCGUGACCUAAAAAUUCUCAAUGUGUACGCGCCGAACGACGGGCAAACGAACGCUGCCUUCUGGAGGACCUUAAGGGAGAAGAACCUGGGCCGCAUUGACCUCAUGCUAGGUGAUUUUAACGUUGUUGAGGACCGUGCAGACAGACUCCCCGCGAGGGACGACCCGGAGGCCCCGCGGGAUGCCCUGCGGUCACUGUGCGAGAGCCACUCGCUGUUAGAUGGCUGGAGAAUGACAAGACCGAUCGAGCAAGCCUUUACCUACCUCCAAGAGAGCACAUGCGCUCAGUCCAGACUUGAUAGAAUAUAUGUGCGCCAGAGAAUGGCGAAAGACUGCUCUGACUGGGAAAUUAGCGCGCCGGGCAUUCCUACCGACCACCUACUAGUAACAGUGGCGGUUGAGAACUAUAAAGCCCCCUUCAUUGGCCGCGGGCGAUGGGCUAUGCCUGAGCACCUCCUGACGGACGAGACUAUGAAGAAGACAAUGAAGCUGCUAGCAACAACUCUGAUUAGCUCCCUGACUGCUGGACGAGUGCGGACGGAGGAGGAGAACCCGCAGACGGCAUACGCCACCUUCAAGCGAGACCUAAUUGCGGCGGCGCGUGCGAGAGCCAAAGAGAAAGUCCCGAAAAUCCAACGGAAAAUGGACGGACUGAAGAAGGACCUUGACCGCCUG